CUGUCUGACUUGGAGCAGAAAAAUUUCAAGAUAGCACAAAGUGUCGUUGAUCGUGUUAAAAAACGAUUAAAAUUCAUUGGAGUAUGGCCAUUUGAAAUAUCAUUUUUUGAUAAAAUAAGAUUUUCAUUACUUGUGUUCUAUCAUGCAAGUCAUUUAAUGAUGGGAUAUGCUGAUUUAAUAUCAGUAUUCGGUGAUGUCGCUAAAACAAUUGAAAAUUUUAGUGAAACAGCAAUUCAAUCGGGAAUUUUAUUUCGCAUAUUAUUAUUAAAAUUUAGUAAAAAUUUACAUAUUUUACUUGCUAAAACAAUUGAUGAUAUGGAUGAAGAAAAUUACAAAGAUGAUGAAGAAAAAAAAUUAUUCAUAAAAUACCAUUCGUUUGCUGAUAAAUACCUGAGAAUUGGAGUUUUUUUUGCAAUGGGAGCGACAAUUUAUUGGCACAGUAAAGCAUUACCUGGAUUUAUUAUUUCACGAAUACAUCAUGAAAAUACAACACUAGCAACACCAUUUCGAAUUCGUAUAUUCAUUGACUUUACUCCAUUACACAGAGUUUUAUUACUUUAUGUUUAUGAAAUAACGAUGAUUUACAUAAGCAACAUUGGUAUUGUUUUGUUAAUUGUUUACACUUUAAUUGUCGGAAAUAUAUGUAUACAAUUAGCAGUAUUAUCUCACAGAAUAAAAAUAUACUUUGAUGAUAAUAAUGACAAAAAUAUAUCAAGAAAAUACAUAUCAUUUUCAAAACAUAUUGAAAAACAUUGUCAACUUAUUUUAAUGGUACGACAAACAAAUGAUGUUUAUUAUGUUCAAUUAUUUUAUGAACUAUUGAGCUACACGAUCCUCCUGGCUGCUCUUAUUUAUUCUGGAACUUUGAGUUACAGUCAACUGGAUUUCUUGUCAACAGUUUUUCUUGGUGCAUAUAUUGUUUGCAUUUUAAUGGUUAUAUUUUUAACAUGUUAUUUAGGUGAAUGUAUGCAUACUGAGGUUGAUAAUCUUAGAGAUACGUAUUAUCAAUGUCUAUCAUAUAAUUUAUCAAUAAAAGACAAAAAAAAAUUAAUGAUAUGCAUGAUAAUAGCUGACAGGCCACUUGAUUUAACAGCUGGAGGAUUUUACAUUUACUCUCUCCACUCAUUUCUUCUGAUUAUAAAAUCAUCAAUGGCUCAAGAAGAAUUUGACGAUGCCUCUAAAAUUAUGAAUUUAAAUAAAUUUUUGCUAUCAACACUUGGCCUUUGGCCAAAUAAAAAAAAUACAUUUAUAUUUAUAUUGACAUUUGGUUAUUUUGUUUAUCACAUGUUUUGUGAAUAUCUUGAUUUAUUAUUAUUUAUUGAUGAUCUUGAACAUGUGAUUGAAAAUUUAACUGAAAAUAUGGCAUUUACACAAAUACUAGUGCGAAUUGCAAUGCUUAAAAAAUAUAAUAGAAAACUUGGUGAUAUUAUUAAUGAAGCAAUUAAAGAUUAUGAUUAUAAAUUAUACAAAACGACAGAAGAAAAAAAAGUAUUUAUUGAUUAUAUUAAAAGGGCAAAGCUAUUUUGUAAAUUAUUAUGUAUUUUUGUUGCAAUGACAGCGUCGAGUUAUUAUGUUAAACCAAUAACAAGUCCACCACCACAACCACCACCAUCAUCAACAAUUAAUGAUGAUGAUUUUAUAAUUAAUAAUUUAACAAAACCCUUUAUACUACCUUAUCGAUUUUAUUUAUUUCAUCAAGUUAAUGAUUUUAAAAUGUAUGUCAUCACGUAUGUAUCACAAUUUCCAUUUGUUUUUGUCAGUGGCUUUGGACAAACUGCAGCUGAUUGUUUGAUGGUAUCACUUGUAUUUCAUAUCUGUGGUAAAUUAGCUGUUUUAUCAAUAAAAAUAUCGACAAUUAAUCCAAAUAUAAAUUUUUGUAAAAAACAACUCAAUGAAAUUAUUAUUGAACACAACAGAUUAUUAAAAAUGGGACAAGAUAUUGAGGAAGCCUUUAGUGAAACUUUAUUGAUACAUCUAGUAGGUGCAACAUCACUUGUAUGUAUACUUGGAUAUCAAUUAUUGACUAAUUAUGCAAAAGGACAAAAUGCCGAUCUUGCAACAUUUUUAAUAUUUAUUUUUCUUGUAUUUCUAAUAUUAUAUGCACAUUGCGUUGUUGGUGAAUCACUAAUUACCGAGAGCAAUAAAGUUUGUGAAGCAUAUUAUGCUUGUCAAUGGUACAAUAUGCCACAUGACACGUCAAAUGGAAUAAUACUGUGCAUGAUAAGAUCACAAAAGCCACUUGGUUUAUCAGCAGGAAAAUUUAAAACUUUAUGUUUAAGCACACUGACAGAAGUUCUCAAAACAGCAAUGGGAUAUUUGUCUGUUCUACGAUCAUUUUUGGCAGUGUAAAUGAAAGCUCUAUUAGUUGAAAC